UCUCUUUUAAACAGCGGUACUCCACCAGAAGGUGUAGCUAGCUGCUAACUGUAGCUUCUGGAGCUAACUAGCGCUUUACUCUGUUUGGAUCGGACUACCAGUGAAGCACCAUGGACGGCAGGAGCUACGGUUCAGGUUACUCCAGUUGGGGGGGCGGCGGGUCAGGCAGCAGAGGUUCUGGUGGCUUUGACCUGUAUGGGGGGGGUUACAAGGACUCCAUGUCUGGUCUCGGGGGCUAUGGAGGAGGAGGAGGCGGCGGCGGCGGAGGAGGCGGUGGCGGAGGCCACAUGAAGAGAGGGCUAUCCGGAGCCUCCCUGCUCUCGUCCACCGGCACCAACGCCGAUGCCGUCAUUGCCAAAAUUAACCAGCGCCUGGACAUGCUGACUCAGCUGGAGGGGGGGCUGAAGGGGACUCGAGGUGACAGGUAUGACCACUACGAGUCCUUCGACUCGCGCGCCUCCUCCGCCCUCGCCUCCUCCCGAGAUCUCUACAGAUCCGGCGGCGGUAGCUAUGGCGGUUAUGGCGAUGGCCGUGACGACAGCAUGCUGCUGAGUCAGCGAGGAGGUUCUGGCUUUGGUCUAGGAGGAGGAGGAGGAGGAUGCUUUGACAGCCCUUCCUCUUCCUACGGAGUCGUUAAAAUGCCACAGAAUAUGAGGGAGUCCUUCAACAGUGGCUCUGGAGGAGGAGGAGGAUGGCCCGGAGCAGGCCGACGUUCUCCCAGAAGGGGUGGAAGUGCCGGGGGUCGAGGAGGAGGUGGUGGAGGAGGGGGGGGGUUUGGAAGCCGCAGGUCCGACCCCACUCCUCUAGGUGGAGGUGGCCGUGUAAGCGGCACCGGUGGCCGUGGAACCGUUAGCGGCACUGGCGGCCAGUCUCACCGCGGCCGCUCCCCAGGAGGAGGAGGAGGAGGAGGAGGAGGAGGAGGAGGAGGAGGAGGAGGAGGAGGAGGAGGAGGAGGAGGAGGAGGAGGAGGAGGAGGAGGUGGUAGAGGAAAGCUCCCAUCGCUCCUGUCCAACCGCAUGUACCCUGAGAGUACCGGGGGCUUCCACCAGGGGUCUUCCACUCGAGGGCCUCACGACUUCCCCGGGAGGCACUUUGGAGGGGGCCCGAGGGCCGGCCGCCAGCGGGGCCGCAAGAGACCCCUCAACAAACAGGUCAAGCCUCAGCAGGACGUCCAGAAGAAGAGGAAGCAGACGCUCACAGCAGCUGAUGAGCCGGAGUCCAAGAUGAACAGAACGGAGAGUUCAGAGGCAGAAGCUGCUCAAGUAGAACAAUUGGAGAAGAACGGUGACGAGGGUGAAACACAGACGGUGAGUCGAUCAGGAGAUGAAUCCUGUUUUAUUGCAGCACGAACACGUUUAAGUCUCGCGAAUACAAACCUCUGAACCACAGAGACAGAACAAUACAAACCUCUGAACCACAGAGACAGAACAGGUUAGAUUGUUCUAUAAAGAAUGUAACCUGUUGAACCAAAUAGUUGUGAAGCUUCAUUCAUAACUCAUCAUCUCACAUUCUAAACCGACGUCUGUCAACCUGAACUCCAAGAGGAACCCAUCAGACCUCUGGGGUCAAAGGUCACUAACAUAACAUUGUUACAGUUGUGAUGACGUUUUGGAAAAAAAUGGAUGUGAACUCACACUAAACGGUGUAAAUAUAUAUAUUUAUAUAUAUAUUAUAUACUCCAGAGGAUCAGCCUACGGAUUUUUUUCAGGCUCUAGAACGAGUGAGUCAAUUAUCAUUAUUAUUAUUAUUAUUAUUAUUAUUAUUAUUAUAUUAGAACA